AUGUACCGUGGAACUUUUAAUUGUGUUGCUGAAUUUCUUAUUGAGGUUAUUAUUACCAAUUUGUUGGUUGUGCAUGGCCAUUCUCCUUACAGUGAGCUGGUGAAGCGUUUCGAAGAUGACCUUAUUGUUGCCAUUGGAAAAGGAGAGCCUGUAGUAGUGAUGUCCGAGGACGGAUUUAGAAAAGUUAUGUCCAUAGAUGAAUAUGCAUCAUAUUAUAAAGAUAUUGACCCCCUGGCUCCUUUCAAGACUUGGAAAGUUGGGCAAACAGACAGUUACAUGUCUGCGAAAGUGCACCCAUCAUAUGAUGUUUAUUCAGAGCGAGUUAAAGGAGUGUUUGUUGUCAGUGAUCCUGUUGACUGGGGAAGAGAUUUACAGGUACUCUGUGACAUCUUGUCUACUGGUGGACUUCCUGGGACUGAAAAAGGGAAUCAACCUCCUUUGUAUUUUGCAGCUGAUGAUCUUGAAUACCAGACAUCAAUGGAAGUAAAAGAUUGUCAGUUUUCAACUAUCUACAUGGUUGGCGAUAACCCUAAAGUGGAUAUCAAUGGAGCUAUGAAGACAUCAAUGGAAGUAAAAGAUUGUCAGUUUUCAACUAUCUACAUGGUUGGCGAUAACCCUAAAGUGGAUAUCAAUGGAGCUAUGAAGUGGUUGAUGGUACAAGGAUGA